AUGGCAAAGGGUCAAAACACAUCGCCAUAUUUCAAGAGGAAACGUCCUGAUGUCACAUCUUGUCUCCCGUUUCCUUCCAUUUCAGCUGUUUCAUUUGGAUUAAUUCAAGAGAAGUUGGCCAAUGAGCCAUUUCGUCUUCUUGUUGCUACUAUAUUUUUGAAUCGAACCAGGGGCGAGGCUGCAAUACCUAUACUCUACAAUGUUUUUGAACAGUACCCGACAGCCGAAUCUCUUGCCAACGCUAAUGUUGAGGAGCUCGCCUCCUUAAUUCAACGACUGGGGUUUCAAAAUUCGCGAGCUAAAAAGUGCAUCACCCUGGCUAAGUCAUGGGUGGAAAAUAUUCCUGAAUGCGGGAAACGGUAUCGAAAGUUACAUUAUCCUAAUAAAUCUGAUGGCUUGGACGUUGGGUGUAAAGAAGUUCUGGCAGACAACGAUGCACGAGUUGCGUGGGAGAUUUGUCAUUUACCUGGGAUCGGACCUUAUGCUAUAGACAGCUGGAGGAUAUUCUGUCGGGAUGCAUUACGUGGCCUGGCAGCAGACUGGAAUGGAAAAGGUGCACCAGAAGGGUUCUUGCCAGAGUGGAAGUCAGUCCGUCCAAAGGACAAAGAACUGUGUGCUUUUCUGGUGUGGAUGUGGCUCAAGGACGGAUGGAUUUGGGACCCUCAAACAGGUACUAAAGUUGCAGCCAGCCGACGGGUCCUUCGGGUGGUUCAGGAUGGUGGCUUGGUUCUACAAAAAUCGAGCGGAAAGUGGGUUUUAGACCUCACUGCGAUUGGAGAGACGUCGCUCUCUAUUGACAUUGAGACUGCAAAGUUCGUCAAUUCUAUUUGA